AUGCCCUGUCAGUCGCAAUCUUCAUGUCAGGGUUGUUCGUGCGCGAGCGAUGCCCCAAGAACCGUGAACAUCGAGGACUGUGAGUCCGAACUGCUGGCCCUGCGCAGGCGCACUGUAGAGCUGGAGAAGGCCCUCGCCUCCAUGAAAGAUAACACGUCCGGUGCCAGACCCCGUCGCAAGCUCCGGUCCGCCAAAUGGUUCAACUGCGAAGACAACCCGGGCAUGAUGGCCGUGUAUGUCGAGCGAUACCUCAACUACGGCAUCACUCGGGAAGAGCUCAUGUCCGGCAAGCCGAUCAUUGGCAUCGCGCAGUCGGGCUCCGACCUUUCCCCGUGCAACCGCCAUCAUCUGGAACUCGUCAAGCGCGUUCGCGAAGGCAUUCGAUCGGCAGGGGGCAUCGCCUUUGAGUUCCCGACGCAUCCGAUCCAGGAGACAACCCGCCGCCCGACGGCCUGUAUUGACCGGAACCUGUCCUACCUCGGCUUGGUGGAGAUUCUCUUCGGAUACCCGUUGGAUGGGGUGGUGUUGUUGACGGGGUGCGACAAAACGACGCCGGCGGCGCUUAUGGCGGCGGCCACAGUGAACAUACCGGCGGUCUGCAUGAAUGUUGGCCCCAUGCUGAACGGCUACGUGGGGAACGAACGCUCUGGGUCGGGGAUGGUCGUGUGGAAAGGACGGGAGAGGUAUGCGGCAGGCGAGAUCAACCGCGACGAGUUCAUCGACUACAUCGCCACCGGGACGCCUUCAGUCGGCCAUUGCAACACGAUGGGCACGGCGUCGACUAUGAACGCGCUGGCCGAGGCGCUGGGCAUGGCCUUGCCCGGGUCCGCCGCCAUACCUGCGCCCUAUCGCGAGCGCGGCCAAUGCGCCUACGAAACCGGCCUGCAGAUCGUCGAGAUGGUCCACGCAGACCGGAAACCCAGCGAUAUCAUGACGCGCGAGGCGUUUGAAAACGCCAUUGUCGCCAACACGGCCAUUGGCGGCAGCACGAAUGCGCCCAUCCACAUCAAUGCGAUCGCCAAACACAUCGGUGUGGAUGUUUCUCUCGACGACUGGGACCAGGUGGGCUUCCACAUCCCCCUGCUGCUGAACAUGCAGCCGGCCGGCGAGCUCCUGGGCGAGGAAUACUUCCGCGCCGGCGGGCUACCCGCCGUGAUGGCGGAGCUGCUGGACGCAGGAAAGCUGAACGCUGACGCGGUGACGUGCAACGGCCGCACGAUUGGGGAGAAUGUACGAGGAAAGCACACCUGGGACCGCCGGACGAUCAAGCCAUACAACGAGCCGCUCCUGAAAGACGCUGGGUUUCUGCAUCUGCAGGGGAGCCUGUUCCAGUCAGCGAUUAUGAAGACGUGUGUGAUCUCCGAGCCCUUCCGGCAAAAGUUCCUGGAAAACCCGGCAGACCCCAACGCCUUCGAAGGCCGGGUGCUCGUGUUCGACGGGCCCGAGGACUACAACGCGCGACUGGAAGACCCGGCGACGGACAUCGACGACCGCAGCAUUCUCGUCAUGCGCGGCACGGGGCCGCUCGGGUACCCGGGGGCUGCGGAAGUGGUCAACAUGCAUCCGCCGGGCCGCCUCAUCCGACAGGGGGUCACGUCGCUGCCGUGUAUUGGGGACGGACGACAGUCGGGAACUUCCGGGUCGCCCUCGAUCCUGAAUGCCAGUCCUGAAGCGGCGGCCGGGGGGAACCUAGCGCUCCUUCGCGACGGAGAUACGCUCCGCGUUGACUUGAACAAACGGCGAGUGGACAUCCUGGUCCCCGCGGAGGAGCUGGAUAAGCGGCGAGCUGAGCUGGAGGCUCGUGGAGGGUAUGCGGUGCCGGAGAGUCAGACACCCUGGCAGGAGAUUUUCCGUAAGGAGACGACGCAGCUGAACGAGGGGAUGGUGCUUCGCGAGGCGGUGAAAUAUCAGCGGUUGGCGCAGCGAUACGACGAACCUCGACAUAAUCAUUAG